AUGGGACUACUAGGCGUAGUUGCCGCGUGGUUUUCCUUGUAUCUGCAAGCUGAUGUUAUUUCGAAAUUCUUGGUCACCAUCAUGUUGUUGCCCUACAUCCAGAAAGUCGCAUAUGACGCUGUCUUGAGCAGAGAAUGCUAUCAUGUCUACUCAAGGUUUCAUGCAAGUAGAAGCAAGGAAAAGCAAAACCUCCGCUAUAACCAAAAGCUUCGUAAAUACUUUCACGAGUUACCAGAUAUAUCAAUUUUUCCAUACACCGUUACUAGACUAGUAUUCCUUUUCUUCAUAAACUUGAUCCCGGUGAUUGGUCCGUUAAUUGUAUUCUUCUUCAAAGCGAGCUCAAAAGGAUUGCAAGCGCACAAUCGUUAUUUCAAAUUAAAAGGGUACACGCGUAAAGAGAUUAGGGCAAACCACAAGCAAAAUAAGGCUGUUUAUACGGCAUUCGGUGUAACUGCACUUCUCUUGGAAAUGAUUCCCGUAAUAAACAUCUUUUUCAUGUUCACCAAUACUAUCGGAGCGGCAUUGUGGGUCGUUGAUUUGGAAAAAGCAAACAGUAUACCACUGUCAUUAGACAUUUCGCAUGAGGCUGAUUCCCAUAGUCUUGUGCAAAACAAACCACUAGCCCUCAAUAAUCCACAUACGUUUAGCACAGAAGCUUUAAUAGAUUUGCAAACAGAAUCGCCCUUGCACACUGGUUCUCAAUUGCAAGCAAAAUGUGCAUAA